GUUCGUGUGAUUGUGUGUGAAUAGACUGGCGGAGGGCAGUUGAUGGCUGACAUGGUGUGACUGAAGAGAGGAGAAAGGAGAGUCAGAAAGGUUUGCCAUGGUCUCAGUGUCAAGUGUACGUACAGUCUUUACACCUGGAACAAUCUGACCGCUCCUGCUCAUCAAAUCAUUUGGGAAAACGUGCAUCUGAACUCAUGUCCCUGCAGUAAGGGUGUGGUGGAAGCCUUUGUGAGCAUGCAGCGAGACAGAAAGUGCGUACUGAGGGUGCAACCAUCACAGGUGUCCUUCCAGUUUUUGCGAUGGAUUCGAGAGGCUGUUGCAGACCUUGCAAAGGAGUACAGGGAAAGUGGGGAGCCAAUCACAGAUGACAGUACCAGUCUGCACAAAUUCUCCUAUAAACUGGAGUACCUGCUACAGUUUGACCAGAAGGAAAAGACCACAUUUCUCGGUACAAAGAAGGAUUAUUGGGAAUAUUUCAACGACUGUCUGGCUAAGAUCAAAGGAGCCAAUGAUGGGAUCCGUUUUGUCAAAUCCAUCACUGAGCUGAAGACAUCUCUGGGGAAAGGAAGAGCCUUUAUCCGUUAUUCUCUCGUACAUCAGCGACUGGCUGACACCCUGCAGCAGUGCCUGAUGAACCAGAGAGUCACCAGUGACUGGUACUAUGCGAGGAGCCCCUUCUUGAAGCCCCACCUUAGUGUUGACAUUAUAAAUCACCUAUACGAACUCAAUGAUGUCCAGUUUGAUGUGGCUUCCAGAGGUCAUGAUCUUGAUGCCUCCUGGCCUACUUUUGCAAGGAGGACACUGGGAAGUGCAAACUCACCUGGCCACAUGUGGAAACCACCCAGUCGUAGUUCGAGUAUUAACAGUCUGGCCAGCACUUACUCCCAGCAAGCACCCGAAUUCCCCUCUAGCCCGGACUAUGGUCAAGGUCUGCUGAAUGACCUGAACGAGUCUCUGCCUGCCUGCACCGAAGAUAUCAGCACAGUUGAAGACCUUCGCCUGGAGCUGGACCAGUCAGAGCUGAAGCAGCGAGAGUUCCUAGAUAAGGUGCAGCAGCUGGGCGAGGAGGCUGCUGAGCUCAGGGGGGUGGUCGUGGAGCUCCAGAGGCAACUGGAUGUGUCCCUUUCUGCCCAAGAGAAGCAGCAGGGCUUGCAGGGAGAACUCAAGGCUCUGCAGGGGAGAGAGGAGGCCCUGUCCAGGGAGGUCGAAGUGCUCAGGACUGGGGAAAAGGCCAGGGAGGCUGAACAACAACUGCUCCAGGAAAAGUUGGCAGCUGCUGAGGGGAAGAACAUAGAGCUCCUGGCCAAGUUGGACGGGGUUCUGAAUGAGAAGGGCCAGCAGGCAGCCAGUUACUUUGAUUCAGCUCAAAAGAUACAUGAGUUGCUGGACAGAUUGAAAGAGGCUGAGAAAGGGAAGAUGGAAGCUGUAGCUGAGGUAGAGGAGAAGAAAAGACAGGCAGAGAGGUUAGAGGAGGAGCUGAGAGCCAAGGAGGCAGCCAAAAGGGAUGGUGAAACCAAACUUGGAGCGUUAGUUGCAUCUGUGUCUGAGGAGAAGGCCAAGUUGGAGGCGAAAGUGGAUGAACAGUGCAUCGCCCUUGAUAAGCUGCAGGGGGCCUUGACAGUGAGAGAGAAGGAGGCGAGUAACCUACAAAGGCAGCUGCAGGACCUCCAAAGAUCUCUAGAGGAGAAGGAGAAAGACAUGGAAGAGGUUAAGAAGAGAGCAAACCAAGAUAAAGAUGAAAUGCAGAAGAAGGCUGGAGGCUUAAAAGAGUCUUUAGAAACAGAAGUCACUACCCUUAAGGAGAAGCUAAAGAGGAAAGAGGCAGAGCUUACCUCGAGCUGUGAGACACUACAAAAGCUAGAAGCCAAGAACCAAAGCCUGACCAAAGAGAGGGACAAACUGACCACAAACCUUGUUGAGCUGGAGGGUAAUGUCAAAGAACAAGCCGCAAAGAUAGAAGACUACAAGACUCAGUGCGGCAACCUAAUGGAACUAAAUGAGAAACUGUUGAACCGGGUGAAGAGAAAUGAGGAGCUGAAAAAGGAGAUGGCAGAAAACAGAACAGCCCUUGAAGCUGAAUUAGCAGCUCUAAGGGCUUCCGAGAAACAGCUUCGGGGCCAGCUGGACGACACCAAGAUGACCGUGGAUGAAAAAGAGAAGCGCUUGCGUGAGGAGAACCGCAACCUGGAUGAGAGUUUGCAGCGAGCCACCAUGGACGCAAAGCUCUCAGAGGCCACGUCAAAGCGGCUGGAGCAGGAGAACCAGAGUCUGAGAGAGGAGCAGGACACUGUGAAAGCAGCUCUUAGCCGCAUGCAAGCUGAUCUGAAGAGUGUUCACGGACAAAUCGGAGAGUUGGAGAAGAACUUGGGAGCUUCACGCAGGAAUGAAGCAAGCCUUGAAGAGCAGCUCCAAGCCAAAGAGGCCCAGCUAGAGAGUAAAGAGAACAACCUUGUUGAGCUGCAGUCCAGGUUAAAGAUUCUGGAGGCCAGGGAGAAGGAGCUGGAGAUUGCCAAAGCUGAUGCAGAAGCAACCUGUGCUAAACAGACAGAAGUAAUUGAAAGGGUUGCCUCUGAGAAACGGAUGAUGGAGACAUCUCAGCUGGAGAGGAGCGCAGUCCAGGCAAAGGAAAGCCAGGAAGUGAAAGUCAAACUGACUACGGUCGAGGGCCAGUUGGAGGUGAGCAUGAAAGAUGUGUCCAGGCUCCAGGCAGAGAUCCUGGACCUCAGGGUGCAGGUAAAGAGGUCUGACGAGGAAAAGCUAAAAUCACAAGCACAGCUGGAGGUGACGGAGGCCCAAAGAGAUGAGCUCAGGACUCUGACUGAGCAGCUUAAAGCCCAGACAGAAGCACUGAAUCAGAGGCAUGUAACAGAGCUUCUGGAGUGCAAAAAGAAAGAAGGGGCGCUGAUUGAACAGCGUGAUCAAGAAGUAGCUGCCCAUGCCGAGUUGGCCAUCUCUGCGGCAGCCAUCCGAGAAAGGCUGUCCACCCUCAAGGCAGAAAAUGACAGACUAGCCUUAGAGAACAGCGAGGCACGUGAAGGUCUACACAGGGCAAACACAGAGAUGGCGGAGUUGGGGAUGACCAUCUGUAAGCUAAGUGCAGAAAAGGAGGAGGCCCGAGAGCACUGGGCAGGGGACGCUGCCAGGAUUGAAGAGCUGGAGAAACAGGUGGAGCGAAUAGAAGAGAGCAUGACAGAACUACGGCUGGAGAAUACCAAACUAAGAGAGGAGCUGACACAGAGGGAGAAACUUCCGGAGACUAUCAUAGAGCUCCAGGAGCAGUUGAAAAAAGCCAAGAACCAAAUGCAGUGCGUCAAGGACUCUGGCCGAGAGGAGGCGGAGGCCAUCAAGUUCCAAAUGAGCUCAGAGAGCAUGAAUCAUCAGGUCCAGAUGAAGAGUGUAAAUGAGCAGCUGGAUAAGGUGAAAGCCCUGCUGCAGGAGGAGCUGAAGAAUGUGUCCAGCUUGCAGGCCAAAGUGUCUGAAUUAGAGGCUGUGAAUGAGCAAUACUUGCAGCUAACUGGUGAGAAAGAUGCUCACAUCACAAAGACAGAAACAGCCGUUCGUGAGGCUGAGAGUGAGAUUCAGCAACUAAGAGAAGGACUAACCAGUGCUGAAGAAGCACACUUGGCUGUGCAAAAGGUCUGCGAGGAACUGACACAGAAACUCAACUCAGCAGAAGCUGACAAACAAAACCAGUGGCUGAAGAUGACUGCAGAGAUCGAUGACCUCAACAGAACCAAGGUCAACCUUGAAGAGAGGCUCAUCGAGCUUAUAAGGGACAAAGAUGCUCUGUGGCAGAAGUCAGACGCUCUGGAGUUCGAGCAGAAACUGCGGGCAGAAGAGCGCUGGUGGUUGGUGGAUAAGGAGGCCACACACUGCCUUGGCUGCCAGGGCCAGUUCAGCUGGUGGCUGCGCAGACAUCACUGCAGGCUUUGUGGUCGCAUCUUCUGCUACUACUGCAGCAACAACUUUGUGAUGACCAAGCACUGUAAGAAGAAGGAACGCUGCUGCAGGGACUGUUACACCCAACACAGCGCGGUGGUGGAGAGGUUCACAGCGGCAGAGCUGAGUCCUUCCGACACUCAGCCCCCUCCACUGGGAGCUGGACCUCAGCCACCUCCUGAACCAACCCCGUAUAAACCCACUCCCAGGGUAACAGUUUCAGAUCCAAGCAACAGAUCUGACGAUGGGGCUUUUGACAUAAUAACAGAAGAGGAAGUGAACGGCGUCUACGACAGUGACACCACCUCCCAGACCACUGGAGGCUCACUGGAGGAAGAACAAGACCGACGGCAUCCAGGAGCCCUGCAUAUAGGCACAGGAGAUGUGACCCCUGAUGACCCUGAAGAGAAUGUCCCCACUGUUCAGGAUUCAGAAAUAAACCUUCUUAAAUCAGGAGAAGUCACGAUGGCUGUCCCUCUCACCAUUGAUGAUAUUUCCCAGUUCUGGGAUGGUUCCAGGGAACUCUUCAUCAAGUCCAGCUGUUACAGUGUGAUAAGUGUUGCUGUGGGUGAUUGUGGGCCAACCAUCAGCUGGAUGUUUUCCUCAGAGCCAAAGAGCAUCUCCUUUAGUGUGGUUUACAGGGAAUCCACUGAUACCCAGGUGGAACAGGCAAAGGUCCUGAUUCCUCUGACUCGCUGUAAUUCCCAUAAAGAGACAAUUCAGGGACAGCUGAAAGUCCGACAACCUGGCCUGUACACGCUCAUCUUUGACAACUCCUUCUCAAGGUUUAUCUCCAAGAAAGUCUUCUACCAUCUGACCAUGGAGAAGCCCAUAAUCUAUGAUGGAAGCGACUUUGCCUGAGGCUGGAUAGUGCACGCUUCCACAGAGGCAUCAUCAGGAUGUCGCUGUGGCAGCUAGAGGGAGACUGAAGAUGGCAAUUCAGUGACUAUUUGUAAUUGGAUUUGCUCUGUUUUGUUCCCAAAACCUGCUUUUACCCAAGUAUUUUAUGUUUUCAAAAAUGUUUCUGUAUUAUUUAACUCUGUAGUUUUAAUGUUUUCAGCUGUGCACAUGUUGGUGGUCCACAAGAUGAAAGAGAUUUUAGGAAGGAAAAGAAAGAGAAAUGUUUAUGCAAGUUUUAUGGUGAUUUUUAAAAUAUAAACAAAGUAAUAUACAUACCUUUAGUUCAGCUAGGCUAGGUUUUAAAUUAAUAGGGCGUUCAGUUAGUGUGGAAUUUUAUUAGUUCUUUCUGUCAUUUUUGUCGGUCUUAGUUUUAGUUUGGCCUCUCUUUUCCCAAAUAUGCUGCUAUGUCAGGGAAUGCAGAUCACUACAAGUAACGCUGUCUGUAUGAAAAAUUAUAGACGACUGUUGUCAGACUACAAAUAUUUAUCUGCAAAGGAUGUCUAUGAAGACCCGGGAAAAGAUUUUUAAAUGUUCAAAAUCACAGCCAGUUUAAAAUGUUUCAGGUGUUUGUGCAAUCUUUUUAAUCAAAUGGCCAGAAGAAGUGGUUUACCCGUGGCUUUUUUGUGACUUGACUUGUCUGGUAUGUUUUCACUUUGCCAGGGUAGGAAGGAAACAAAGAAAUAACGAGGAACUGGCCUGGGAAAAGUUUCUAUUUGAUAACAAAGCAUACAAACUUUGUGGAAAUCUCAGGAGUGUGACACAGAAUUGUCCUCCAGUGGUAGCAAGUCCUAAGUUUAUGUUUUUGGAAAACUAAAAAAAAGAUGCAAAACUGCCGUGUUACUUUCUGUGUAAGGAGACCUACAAACAGGCUUUCUCCAUCCGGUUUAGAUCCAGUGGUUCUCAAAGUGGGGUCCCUGUACUUAAUUCCAUCUAUAAGUAACACAAUGACAGAACAUAUGACUGUUUUGGUGGAUUUCAUUCUCUUUUUGUAAUUAAACCUCUAAAUGCAAAAAUCCUAUGAGAGAAGCAACCAUGGGACAAAAUCUUAUCAAAUGGGGGUCAGUGAUCUAAUUUGUGUCCAUUUAAGGGUCCUUGAUGUGAAAAGUUUGUGAACCACUGGUUUAGAGGAUCUAAUGAAGCAGUGCCUGUACCUACACAGGCUGACUUUGUGCCAUUUCAACAACAUUGAGUUAUAGUAUAUAAAUGCCUGUUGGGUAAUGACCUACUGUACUUUCAAAGUGCCUAUUAACUCUAAUUGCCAGGGAUUAGUUUGCUUUUGUAACUGCACAUUUAAUUUGAUGAGAGUAUGAAAAAAUUAAGAUUGGAUUUUAUUUGAAUCUCUGGACUCUUUUUGUCACAUGUUUAGAUGAACAUCUGCACUGCACUGUCAGUAAUCAAAUGGGCCUGAAUAUUGUGUGCUGUAAGCAGUAAGAAAAAAGCGAGCUUGGUCACUUUUGGAUACAACCUUUCGUCACUUACUGAAGCAAGGGCUUAUCUCUAUGCUGAUUUUGUUGUGCUCAGUUUGCAUUUUACAGUCAGAUCUCUUAUAUUUUUUUGACGAGUUUAAGUUAGUGCUAUUUGUAUGCAAAGCCUGAUAAUUUCAGAGUUGCACUUUGUGAUAUUGAUUUUAUAAAUUGUUACAAACAAUACUAAAUCUGUUAAGUUUACAUCUUUGUCAAAUAAUUCACACUGGGAAAGAUUUUUUUCUACUUCCUGUUUGGAUCAUUUUGGAAUAAAAUGUGCAUGAAUCAUCACUAUGAGCAAUAUGUCACCCAGUAAACAUGAAUAAAAUGAUAUCCACUAA